AGUAGAAGAAUCCUCAAGGGCGGGAAAAUUCGCCUCCUUAAAAAAAUCGAAAUUAUUAACCGUUUAGGGCUUUUCCCCCGGCGAUGUCGCGGCGAGGCGGUGGACCCGUGACGGUACUGAACGUGGCGGAGAAACCUUCGGUGGCGAAGUCAGUGGCUGGGAUUCUAUCCCGUGGAAGUUACCGGACUCGGGAGGGUAGGUCUCGGUACAACAAAAUCUUCGAGUUCGAUUACGCAAUCAACGGCCAACCGUGCCGUAUGAUGAUGACCUCCGUCAUCGGUCACCUGAUGGAGCUCGAGUUCGCUGAUCGCUUCCGCAAAUGGCACUCCUGCGACCCCGCGGAUCUGUACGAAGCUCCGGUCAUGAAACACGUCCCCGAGGAUAAGAAGGAUAUUAAGAAGACGUUGGAGGAGGAAGCAAGGAGGAGCGAUUGGCUUGUGCUGUGGCUUGAUUGUGAUAGGGAAGGUGAGAACAUUGCAUUUGAAGUUGUGGAUGUUUGUAGAGCUGUGAAACAGAAUCUUUACAUACGGAGGGCUCAUUUCUCUGCGUUAAUUGACAGGGAAAUUCAUGAAGCAGUUCAGAAUCUCAGAGAGCCUAAUCAGUUGUUUGCUCAGGCUGUUGAUGCUAGACAAGAAAUAGACCUACGCAUUGGUGCUUCUUUCACUAGGUUUCAGACUAUGCUUCUGAAAGAUAGGUUCUCAAUUGACUCCACGGGUGAUGAAGAGAGGAGUCGUGUUAUAAGUUAUGGUCCUUGUCAGUUUCCUACACUUGGCUUUAUUGUUGAGAGAUACUGGGAGAUUCAGGCACAUGAACCAGAGGAGUUUUGGACAAUCAACUGUUCUCACGAAUCAUCAGAAGGCCUUGCCACCUUUAAUUGGAUGCGUGGUCAUCUCUUUGAUUAUGCUGCAGCUGCUAUAUUAUAUGAGAUGUGUGUCCUGGAACCUACUGCCACCGUAAUGAAUGUCCCUCAUCCAAGGGAAAAAUUUAAAUACCCUCCUUAUCCGUUGAACACCAUUGAACUUGAAAAACGCGCUUCAAGAUACUUCCGCCUGAGUUCUGAGCAUACCAUGAAGGUGGCAGAAGAAUUAUAUCAGGCUGGUUUCAUCAGCUAUCCUCGUACAGAGACAGAUUCUUUUUCAAGCAGGACUGAUUUACGUGCCAUGGUGGAGGAACAAACAAGACAUCCUGCAUGGGGUCCAUAUGCACAAAGAUUAUUAGAGCCUGAAGGGGGACUCUGGAGAAACCCGGGGAAUGGUGGUCAUGAUGACAAGGCUCACCCACCCAUUCACCCAACAAAGUUUUCUAGCGGAGAGUCUAACUGGAGUAGGGAUCACCUUGUAAGUAUGGAUGUCUAUUUGUUUAACAUAAGGAAAGGUAUGAUAUUGUUUAAAUUUCUUUGGAGUUAA